GCUGUUUAUUUCAGUAGUUCAUUGACCCAUUGAUUUCAGCCUUAACCCUAAAGGAGCGGAGAAAGGCACAAAGUUGUCGAUUUUUAGACGUGAAUCGUUGGGUCAGCACUCCUGCUUACCGAAGCUGAAGAUCAGAGAUCAGUCAUCCCAUGUGCAUAUCCAUAUUCAGCGAGCAGCAUGGCAAGUCAAGAGGAUUCUGCUGAGUCUUGCAAGUCAGUCAGAAACAGGCCCCUGACAUCGGCAGAGAAGCAGAAGAACUACAGGGAGAGGUUGAAAGAGUCCCCAGAGAAGUAUGAGCGUUUCAAGCAGAGUGAAGCCAAGAGACAGAGGCAGAGAAAGACAACACACCAGCCAACAGAGGAAGAAAUAGCCCACCAGAGAAUGAAGUGGAGGGAAAGAGUCAGAAAACACAGAUUAAAGAAAAAGCAAGAAGCUUUGAUGAAUGAGAGACCAUUUCAAGAGCAAUUUUAUAUGUCUGAGGCUAUCCCCAAUGGGUCAGGUAUGCCAGAGAUUUUAGGGGAUACUGAAGAAGACACAAGAUCCAUGACUCUCGACCACAAUAGUUACAGAAACCUUGAAUACUUGCAAGCCAACAGGGAAUCUUGUCUAGAUAUGAAUUUAUCCGAAAUGAACAUAGGCGAAUAUGUCAUGGAUGCACAUGAGGAAUGCAAUAGAGAGAAAUCUGGCAACAAUUUAGUGAAACUUGAGUGCAAUACGCCAGAAGGGGAUGACACAGUUGGUAACCGUGAAAUUGAACUAGAAGCAAGAACUUACUUUCCCGCUGAACAUUAUGCUCAUGUUACCAGUGAAAAUGGAUUUGGAGUUGGUCAGGGUCAGAUAUAUGAUGAUGGAAGUGUAAACAAUGAGAAGGAAUUACAAGAUCAACUGCCUACGGGUCGUACAGUGUUAUCUCUAGUUGAAGGGUUUUGUGGAGAGUCGCCAAAGAAAAGGAAACCCUUGUCUGCUGCUGAGAGGCAGCGCAAUUACAUCGAAAGGCUCAAAGCACAACCGGAAAAGUGGAAACAGCACAAAAUGAGGGAUACACUGAGACGUAAAACAGUGCAAGAGCAGAACAAAAUAUCAGAAGAAGUUGUUUCUCAAAGGAGAAAGAGACAGUAUCAACGAACAAAAAGACAGAAGGGAAGGCGGAUUACAAAGGCCCAAACGAAGGACACUGGUCAUGGUGAUGUUAGUCUAUUACAAGGGGCACCCUCGUGUGCAGGAGACUUUUCUUUGACAGGGAGCGCUGAAGCAUCAACAGCUACUGAGGGUAUCCAAACCAAUGUGAAUAUUUCCAAGGUGAAAGUGGAACAGAGUGACUUAGACUCAUAUGCACUGGAAAUGGCUGACAAUUGCACAAAUUCAACUGCGAACAAUUUUGUGAAAGUGAAUGGAGAAAAUACAUUCGGGGUUUGCCAAAGUCCAGUGCCUAUUGAAGAAAUGCAAGGUCAUAUGAUAAGAACCCCCUCCGUUGUAAAGCUAGUCGGAGGUUCACAUAAACAAUCUCCAAAGAGAAAGCCUCUGACUCCUGCAGAGAGGCAGCGAAACUACAGGGCAAAACUGAAAGCAGAGUCCGACGCGUGGGAAGAAACCAAGUCUAGAGACGCCGAGAGGCGUAAAAUGAUGCGAAGGCAGAACCAAAACUCUGAGGAAGCUGCUAUCCAGCAGAGACGGAAAGCAACAGAAAGGCAGAGGGAGUAUCGACGUAGGAAAAAAGCCUUAAGACCAGCAGGAUAUCCUUCUGCAAAGAACUCUGAAGCAGCUACCUCAACUACCAGAUUUCACCAACCUGAGAGCAGUACACCAGAUGUAGGCGAGAGUUAUACACAUGCAAUGCUUGCGGUAAGAGACCUUCAGACAGAGAAAUGUGGCGAUGUGACCAGUGACAUUGAAUGUGGUGUUGGUCAAACUGCUUUUUAUGGGGAUGGAAGUCCAACCAUUGUUGAGAAAAUGCAAAAUCAACUGCUAGCUAGUCCAUCUUUAUCAUUGCCAGUUGGAGAUUCAACUGGACGAUCAUCAAAGAAAACACCGUCGACUGCUGCUGAGAGGCAACGGCAGUACAGGGAAAGACUUAAAGCCCAACCGGACAGGUGGGAACAAUACAAAGCAAGGGAUUUAGAGAGACAGAAAAGGACACUAGAGCUGAAAAAACAGUCUGAAGCAACUGCUUUACAGCAAAGAAAAAGAGCAAGAGAAAAGCAGAGAGAAUAUCGACGUCGGAAACGAGAGAAUAAUUUGAGAAUGAAAGGAACAGGACACGCAAACAUGAACUAUUUGCAAACCAACACUGAUUCUCAUCUUGAUAUGAAUUCAUCUGAGUUGGAGAUAGGUCAGUAUGUCAUUGAUACACAUGAAGAGAGUGAAGAUCUUUGGAAAUCUGAAUGCAAUACCCUUACUGGGGGUGACAAUGCUACCUGUCAGGUGAAGCUAGAAGUACAAGAUAACUCUCCUGCAGAGCAUGAUGUGGAUCCAGCCAAUGAAAAUGGAUUUGGACUUGGUCAAAUUUCAACAUGCGAGGACAAAUGUCAGAGUCAGCUGCUUAUGGGUCCUUCUGUUGCAUCAAGUGUCAAAGUCGCUCCUAGACGACAGCCAAGGAGAAGGAAAGCCAUGACUGCUGCAGAGAGGCAACGAAAGUACAGGGCAAGACUAAGAGCAGAAUCAGAAAAGGAGGACCAAGUGGACCUAGGAGGUACAGAGAUGCCCAAGAAUAUCCAAGACCACAAAAAGGCAUCUGAAAGUGCUGCUUCUCAGGUUAGGAAGAAAGCAACAGAGGGAACACAACUGCCUCAACUUAGGAAAAGAAAAGAAGUAAUAUUUAAUCUACAUGGCAAAAAUGUACACCCCUAUGUACACCCCUACCAGCCUACAAGGAGCACAACAGCCUCAAGAAGACAACAGAAUCGUACAGUUAAGACCAAACAAUUACAUGUAUCUGAAAUUGUCAUGCAGUCGGCGAAGAGAGUUGAUAGGAUAAGUUCCAGUACUGAAAUACAGGAGCAAGAGAUAGAUGCUCAGCUUGCUCAUAAACGAAUGAAAGGGAGGGAAAGAAUGAGAAAGUAUCGCCUUAAGCAGAAGCAGAAGCAGAAAUUGCAGAAAGUCUGUGGAGAGUCUAGGGACAGUGUCACGCCAAGGAUUGUAGCUGUGUGGAGUAUGAGUGAGGGAAGUAAACAAGGAGUACGCGUGAAGCAAGAGAACAACACCCAGUUCGUGGCAAGUAAGUUUGAUAACUCUGGGUGCAACGUCAGUAAUGUGCCAAUUCUACCAAAAGCAAGUACUAGUACCAUGAAUGCAGAUGAUUUGGCCAAGAUAGUGCCACAAGAGGAUAUGGGACAAAUUUACGGAAUAGUCCCAAACCUAUUUGUUGUGAACCCCUUAGGCAGGGCCAAACCUUGUUCAGAUAUCCCUACCAUAUUUCCUACUCAAAGUCCCCGGUCAAAUGACAACAGAGACCAACUGUGGACAGGGGCCUCUGAAGGAAAUGCAAUCCCAUUCAAAAUUCAAAAGGUAACAAGUGCAGACAGACAGAGGCAGUAUCGUGAAAGACUCCAACAAAAUCCAGAAAAGUGGGCAGCCUAUAAGCAGCGAGAGAAUGAGAGAUACUUGGCUAAGAAGGCAGUCCUGGCAGUGAAGGAAAUAAAAAAGACCAGGAAACAGACUCUCCUGAGAAUGAGGCAAAGGAGGUUAAAGCCGAAAGAGGGCAAAAACUCCCAAUACAUCACCUUAGACAAUGCUUUGGACAUUGUUCAGGAUGGUAUUUCUAAGGGAGAGACCCAAGCAUCCCUCAUCUCAGGAAAAUCUGUUGGGUUGUUAGAGGCAAAGUCAUCGGGGCGACGGGGGAAAAGGGGGCUUAACAAGAGUCCCGAAGAAAUUGAAAGACUUAGACAAGCCAACAGAGAGCGACAAAGGCGCCACAGAGCAAAGAAAAGAAUGGAACAAGGUAUGCAAGAGGCAAGUAGCUUUGCAGAGAGGACGGAGCUCCCAGUACUAGCUGACUGCAGUGUGACAAGUAGAGCGGAGAAGUCUGAAAUCACCAUAAAUAAAGGCGAACUGUGUAGAGGACAGGGUGAUUCGCAGGACACAGUAGGAAGUGAGUUUCAUUGUUCAACUCAGUUCAGGAUAUUCCCUAAUCUGUCUCCUACAGAACAUAUGGGUCCUAGAAAACAACUUACAGUGAGGAAGAAAAGAGGUAGACCCAGAAAGCAAACACUUUUGAAGACGGAACAGUGCACAGAUGUUGCUUUUAAUGACUUGAUGGCAUCUUCUCUGGGAAAUGAGGGUCAUGGAGAAGUGUUGGUAUCGAGUGCUGGAAACAUUCCAAUGAUCAUCAAGAUGCCAGAGGUCAAAGGUCAACCGGACCAUCGAUGGGAAGAGAUCCCGCAGGUGAUUCCUUGCGAUCCACCUGAAGCCGACUUUGACUGGGGCAAUGAAGGAUUGGACCACUUUGAACAAGGCCUUGAUGGAGAGAUGUCCUUGGACCAAGUACAGGUAACAGAACCUGUUCCAGGGGAGGUUGAGGGAGGGUGCAUUUUUGGUUCUGCCCGUAGGAAGGCCUUCUUUCCCACUAAGCAUGACACUACUGAUUUCACACUCAAUACCUCGUGGGUUGCUGAGACACCACUUGGGGAUCCAUGAAACACGUCACAUGAUUUCUGUUGAUUGAUUAAACAAUCGGCACUCGUCCAUGAUUUCCCCCACCCAAUCUAUUUGAUAUAAUAUGUUCAUGGACAAAGUUUUCCUGUGCAAAAGCAAGACUUCCAAGACUUCAUAGCCUUGAGUCAUACUGAUCAUUUGUUACCAAUUUCUUGAAAUUCACAAAUCAAGUUUUGCAUUUGUCAAAAAUCACUCAUGGCAUACAGCCAAAACAGACAUUUUUCUCACAUGUAGUCAUACACACUAGGGAAUUUUUCUCAUGACUUCUAUACAAAUGGUUAACGAUAAUAUCAAAAAUGUUUAAGAUAUUGAUAUAAAACUUUAUGCUAUGAGAUGCUGUAUCCGCACUCCAAGUCAUAUAAUAUCUUCUGCCUCUACAGCUUAGAUCCUGGGAUCAUGCAGGAGAUAGGUUGUUAGGACCCGCAAAAAUAUAAAC